AUGGCGUUACUUGAUUCCGAUACUUCAUCAAAGACAAUACAAAACAGCACAGACACCACUUCGCUUACCGGUGACAACGAACGUUCUUCUACAGAACGAGACAAAACCGCCAAUGAUUCUGCCAGUAUCGUUUCUAGCAGCUCGCAAAAAAGAGAAAAUGACCAGGAAAGUGAUAAGACCUCUUUAAAGGAUAACGGGAAACGGCCCUUGUUUCAAAGAAUCGUUGAAUUUCUGCAAGUUGAUCCAGAGUCCAUUGAACCAACUAAUGAGAAUCCCGAAGAGCCCAUAAGAACGUUCAAGGAGCUCCGAAAAUCCUUAUUAUCCACAUAUUUGUACAACGGGGAGUUGAGGCCUAUAGAGGCUAAGAGAAGAACAUGGACCUGGAAAGAAUACACUUUCUUUUGGAUUUCUGAAGCUUUCAACAUUAACACAUGGCAAAUAUCCGCUACUGGUCUACAACUUGGCCUGAACUGGUGGCAGACCUGGAUUUGCGUUUGGACAGGAUACACUUUUGUCGCGUUGUUUUUGAUUUUAUCUUCAAAAAUAGGCAACAAUUAUCAUAUAUCCUUCCCUAUAUCAUCACGGAUAUCCUUCGGUAUUUAUUUUUCCGUUUGGAUCGUCAUCAAUCGUAUCAUUAUGGCGUGUAUUUGGACAUCCACACUAGCUUAUAUUGGUAGCGAAUGUGUCCAGUUGAUGCUGAAGGCUAUCUUCGGUACCGAUUUAAACACCAGAAUCAAGGACAAAAUACCGGACCCGUAUUUGACCAACUUUGAAUUUAUGUGUUUUAUGAUCUUCUGGGUUGCGUGUCUGCCAUUCUUGUGGCUGUCGACCGAUAGCUUGCGUUAUGUCUUUGUUGUAAAAUCCAUUAUCGCCCCAUUUGCAGCAUUUGGUCUUUUAACUUGGACCCUUUGCAAAUCCAAGGGUCGUUUGGCAUUAGGUUCCUUGAGUGAUACUAAACUUAUCACGAGCAAAUCCGUUUUGGCAUGGUCCGUCAUUGAAGCUAUCAUGAGCAGCAUAGGAAAUUUUGCUACUUUGAUUCUUAACGCCCCAGACUUCACGAGAUUUAGUAAGACUUACAGGUCAGCCGUCUAUUCACAAUUUUUUGCUUUACCCUUUUGCAUGGCCAUUAUUUCACUGAUCAGUAUUAUAUGUGUCUCAGCAACUUACGCCAAGUACGGGGCCAACUAUUGGAGUCCUCUUAAUAUCUUAGACAGAUACUUGGAAAACUUUACUUCCGGGAACAGAGCGGGUGUAUUCAUCUUCUCGCUUAUAUAUGCGUUUGUUCACUUAGGUUCCAGUUUAUCUGGAAACUCCACACCGGCAGGUAUUGAUAUGACCGCACUAUUUCCCAAAUUUAUCAACAUUAGACGCGGUUCCUAUAUUUGCGCUUUGUUGUCAUUGGCCUGCUGUCCCUGGAACUUAUUAGCAUCAUCAAAAGCCUUUAACACAGCGCUAACAGCGUACUCUUUUUUCUUAUGUUCUAUCUCAGGAGUCAUUGCUGCGGACUAUUUCAUUGUGAGAAAAGGGCACAUUAAUGUCUUACAUUGCUACACCAAUAAGCUGGACUCCUAUUACAUGUACAAUAAGUACGGCACCAACUGGAGAGCAGUGGCGGCGUAUUUCAUUGGGCUGGUUCCCAAUAUUCCCGGGUUCUUGGGCUCGGUGGGCGUUUCCGUGCCCAGCAGUGCUACAAAGGUUUACCGUUUAAAUUAUUUUAUUGGGUACGCUGUUGGUGGACUAAGCUAUUGCAUAUUGGUGCAUCUUUUCCCAAUAAACGGUGUUCCAGAAGACACCAGACUGACGGACCUAAAGUGGCUUGAACACUGGAUUGAAGUGGAACAAUUCGACUGUCAAAGGGAGCUUUUUGAAAUGUGUGGUACUGGAGGUCCGAACGGAUUCGAAAUAAACACAAAAGACUGGGACAAGAAAGUCUUGAACUAUAACGACAGUGGUAAAAGAGAAAAAUAA